GCUCAAACACCGUGUCUGCUUUACAUAGAUAUUUUCGAUCUCUCUCUCUCUCUUCUUUAUACGAACCCUACCGAUCCAACUUCUGGCAAAAUCCACCGCCCGUUGCCAGCAUUUUCGUGCAUAUACGAGUGCACGUCUUCUUCGUUGUCCUGACCACAUUUGACCCUCUCCAGUCCUCAUCCGGUCAUUAGGGUUUCAAUCGGCUCGAUUCCAAAUCCAGGCGAUGAUUAGGGUUUCACAGCUCCGUUGAGGGGAAGUUAUAGAUAGAUGAUGGUCGGUUCGAUCGAGUUUUGCAUCUGUUGUAUGGGUGUAGAAUGCCGGAGUUGCGCAGCGGAGUACGCCGCGGCCGUGCUCCCGCAGUAGACAAGCGGCGGCGCAAGAGUCAGGCGGCGGAAACGAAAGCGGAGCACUUGGUUGGGAAUUUCGUGAAGACUAGGGCGGCCGCAGCGAAAGAGGCGGCAGAAGCGAAGGCAAAGGCUAAGGCGGCAGACGUAGCUCCGCGCAGGGGCCGGGGUGCUAGGUUGUUGGUGGGGGCAGCUAAGAAGGGGAAGGGGAAAGAGGAGGAGGUGAUUGUGGUGUCUGAGGGUACCAAGGUUGAAGGAGGAGAGAGAGAAGGUGGGUUUUUGCCUGAAGAGAAGGUUGAAGGAGGAGAAGGAGAAGGGGGAGAGGGUUUGAUUGGGGGGAGAGAAAAAAUCAUGGGGGAUGACAGUGGUGGUUUGAGUGCUAAUAAAGUAACUGCGGAGGAAGAGGGCAGCACAGCCCCUUUCCCAGAGAAGGUUCAAGUAGGAGGAUCCCCAAUGUAUAAGAUUGACAGGAAGUUAGGUAAAGGUGGCUUUGGCCAGGUCUUUGUGGGUCGCCGUGUUUCAGGUGGAAAUGACCGCUCUACUGGUCCUGGGGCUACGGAGGUGGCUUUGAAAUUUGAGCACAGAAAUAGCAAAGGCUGUAAUUAUGGCCCUCCAUAUGAGUGGCAAGUGUACAACACUCUUGGUGGCAGUCAUGGAGUGCCUAGGGUGCACUACAAAGGAAAGCAAGGAGACUAUUACGUUAUGGUUAUGGACAUGCUAGGGCCGAGUUUGUGGGAUGUGUGGAAUACUUCAGGACAAUCGAUGUCUUCCGAAAUGGUGGCAUGUAUUGCAGUCGAGUCUUUGUCAAUCCUAGAGAAGAUGCACUCAAGAGGUUAUGUGCAUGGAGACGUAAAGCCAGAAAACUUUUUACUUGGCCAGCCAGGUACACCACAAGAGAAGAAGUUGUUUCUUGUGGACUUGGGCUUAGCGACAAAGUGGAGAGAGAGUUCUAAUGGGCAGCAUGUUGAGUAUGAUCAACGUCCCGAUAUGUUCAGAGGAACCGUACGAUAUGCUAGUGUUCAUGCACACUUGGGAAGAACUGCCAGUAGAAGAGAUGAUCUAGAAUCUCUUGCAUAUACACUCAUUUUUCUUCACCGUGGCAGGCUUCCUUGGCAAGGGUAUCAGGGUGAUAAUAAGUCAUUCCUAGUUUGCAAGAAAAAGAUGUCAACAUCCCCGGAGAUGCUGUGCUGCUUCUGCCCUGCACCCCUUAAACAAUUUCUCGAAAUUGUGGUGAACAUGAAAUUUGAUGAAGAGCCUAACUAUUCCAAGCUAAUUUCUCUGUUUGAGGGAUUGAUUGGAGCAAAUCCUGCAGGCAGGCCAAUUAACACUGAUGGCGCUCAAAAGAUUAUAUAUCAAGUAGGGCAAAAACGAAGUAGAUUGAAUGUUGAGGAUGAUGAUGACGGCCUGCCUAAGAAGAAGGUCCGUUUAGGAGUCCCUGCCACACAGUGGGUUUCAAUUUACAAUGCCAGGAUGCCUAUGAAACAGAGGUACCAUUAUAACGUGGCAGAUGCAAGACUGGCUCAACAUGUAGAGAAAGGAAAUGCAGAUGGUUUGCUCAUCAGUUGUGUAGCGUCUUGUUCCAAUUUAUGGGCACUUAUUAUGGAUGCUGGAACUGGCUUCACUAACCAAGUGUAUCAGCUAUCACCUUUCUUCUUACACAAGGAAUGGAUCAUGGAACAGUGGGAAAAGAACUAUUACAUCAGUUCUAUUGCUGGUGCUAACAAUGGAAGCUCUCUUGUGGUUAUGUCCAAAGGCACCCAAUACAGUCAACAGUCCUAUAAAGUUAGUGACUCCUUUCCCUUCAAGUGGAUAAAUAAGAAGUGGAGAGAAGGGUUUCAUGUGACCUCCAUGGCAACUGCCGGUACCCGAUGGGCUGUUGUCAUGUCUCGAAAUGCUGGCUAUAGUGAUCAGGUUGUUGAGCUUGAUUUUCUUUAUCCGAGCGAGGGCAUCCACAAACGUUGGGAUACUGGUUACCGUAUUACAUCAACAGCUGCUACUUGGGAUCAAACAGCUCUUAUCUUGAGCAUACCAAGGCGCAAACCUGGUGAUGAAACUCAAGAAACUUUGCGUACAUCUCAGUUUCCAAGCACACAUGUUAAGGAAAAGUGGGCGAAGAAUCUUUACCUUGCUUGCGUGUGCUAUGGACGAACAGUGUCUUAAUUCCUUUCUACAUUAAAGCCACAAACCUGAAGCCGCUGUCUGUAUUUCAUCGUUUAUUCACUUCUUUAUUUUGUCCCAAUAGGAAUCAUGAAGAAGAAUUGUUGUUAGGUGUGUGAAUCCGCUGAAACAUUGUGCCUCUGUAUACCUAAUCUAAUACUUUUGUUUUUGUUUGUGUAAUUGUAGUUGAAGAUAAUGAGCAGCUAUUCGUGUUUUUUUGUUUGUUGUUUUUACAUUGGGAGCUAAUAAAUACUUGCAAUUCGUUUCAAUAA